CUGAACUCAACCUCAGGGCGUUCAACAAGGAACCUUUGGAUUACUGUCUUGUGGUUGACCAUAUUAGGACUAAUACUUCAUCUCAAAGAAUCACGGGGACACCUGCGGCCGUUGAAGAUUUUCUUUGGGGGAAACUACACUCUCCCAAAAAAAACAGAUAGCUUCGAAUAAUAACUGAAAAAACUUUUGAAACUGGGAGUGCACGGCCAACACGAGCAGACAUGUCUUGUUUGGUGAUGUUUCGCUUCCUUGCUGGCGGACACACACUCAGCAGAGGACCUUGAGCUCGUUUCAUUUCAACUGUAUUUAUAAAGUUAACCAUCGAAGGGAAAACCUCCAAAGAGAAGUUAAAUAGUAAUAAAACAACUUCAAUCCACUUGCUUUAUUUCUAUACAAAAACAAAAAAAGACCAAAAGAAAUCGUGAAAUUAAAAACAAAAUGGCGCUCACCACCGUCAACAUCGCGACCCUGUACUCUUCGGCGCAGUGCGUGCUUUCAGUCGUGGGGUCUGUGGGCGUGAUCCUGCUCUUCGCCGGGAUUCCGCAGCUCAUCUACUCCGACGUCAUCAGCGUGGCGAACCUGUUGACGUUUAUUCUAGGAGCGGUUCUCAUCACGACGAUGGUCGCCGGCAACUCCUUCCUUAAUUACAAGUACCGCCGAAUCACGAGGGCGGCGCAGGAGAGCGCGCGUGACAGUUCCGAGGCGGGCACAUCCCAGGCAGACACAGAGGACAAGCCACCCAGUUACGACGCCAUCCUCGACUCCGACGGCCUUCCUCCGAACUAUUACAGCGUGGUCUCCGAGAAACCCCCGAGAUAUGAAGACAUUGUCGGGGGGAGAUGCACAGAAGCGAGCUCGGAGACGCAGCCACAGUGCGAGCAGAGUCAAGCAGCCACGGUACCUCCUCCGCUCGAGAUCAUCCAGACUCCGGCAGAGGUCAACGUCGUACUGCAGGAGGGACAGCCCAAGAGCAUCGUCCUAGACCACAGAGAAACGUCCUCCUCCGCCGCCGCAUCGAAGGACGUUGUUAGCAAGCUCGGGUGCGAGAAUCCCUCCUUCGACAGACAUGAGACUGAUUUCGCGGAGGCUACGUGCACUCGCCUCAACGAAUCGGAGUCGUAGGAGAGGGUAGCGCAAAAUGGCCUGUUGGUUUUAGGCGGGCAGGUUCAAAUAGGGGAAAAGCAAUGACGACGGUCCUGUUUGAUAAUUGUGCAAUAAUACUUGUAACAACGAAAUAGGGGAAAUGGGAAUUGCUGUAGGUCAUGGCAGACGGAAGACCUGUGACAAUAGCCUGCAUGGUUGUCUUAUUCUUAGAGUCACGUGAAUGCCUUGUUCCUAGAGACUUAAAAGACCGUAAAAAGACGAGAUAGGCCUAUAUAUUGUCUCGUUCCUAGAUACCUAAAAUCCCUGUGACAUUAGGCCUAUAUAAAUGUCUCGUUCUCUAAGGCUAGAAAGACUGUGACGAUGGAUCACAGGUCUUCAUAAAGACAUUAAAACUGUCGAUAAGCCUGCAUUAUUGUCUCUUUCCUAGAGACGUCAAAUACCUGUGGCGCUAGAGACGUAAGGAGAUCUAUUACGGGAGGACUAUAUGAUUGUCUCGUUCCUAGACCUGUGACCAUAGGCCUGUAUGAUUCGUCUCAUUCCAAGAGGCGUAAAAAGACCUGUGGCAACAGGCCUACAUGAAUGCCUUGUUCCUAGAGAACGUAAAAAGCCGUUGAGAUUCACCUAUACGAUUGUUUCGUUUCUAGAAACAUAAAACCAGUUACGAUAGGCCUCUAUGACUCGUUCCUAGACGUAGAAGACCUGUGACUCUAGGCCUAUAUGAUUGCCUCGUUUCAAGAGGCGAAAAAAGACCUGUGACGACAGGCCUACAUACUGCAAAUGCCUUGUUACUAAGAACGUAAAAAGAAGUCGAGAUAGACCUAUACGAUUGUCUCGUUCCUGGAGACAAAAACCCCUGUGACGAGAGGCCGUGUCAUUGCCGACUGCGCGCCUUGGAUCGCGCGAUGAAACUAGUCGUGUUCCUUUAGUCAAUGAGGAUUAUUUACACUCUUACUUUUAAACCAUUAACUUUAUUGUGGCCAGUGUUAAGGAGAUCUUUGUUGUAGUCUUUGUAAAAUAGUACUGUAUUUCAUUGUGUAUUAAAGUACCUGUCUUUAUGAUUCAGUGAUCUAAUGCAUUUAUUAUUGUAUUAUUAUUUGUGUAAUAUUUUAUCUGUUAUAUUUAUUGACAUUUUUGAAAGAAAAGUUUGCAGCCAAAAGCAAAAUAUAUGGAUAUCAUUACCUUGCAAAGUAUCUGAAAACCUGUAUGUAUCAUACAGUGCACUUUCUAUACAUCUAUAUUAUUGCUAACAGGAAAACGCAGCCAUGCAAGCAAUAUUUAUCACCUUCGGUAUGUGAGAAAGGCUUAUCAAUUGUACAGAUGUAUGACGUGUUCGCAUUUCAAAGAAUAUUAAUAUCGAUUACCUGAAUGUUCUGCAACUCCGCUUGGGCAACAGAACCGUAGAGGUUUUCUAUCUAAUCCUUGAAGGGAAGGAAAAAUCGAGUAAAACAUUCAAGAAAGAUGACAUUGUCUGUAACAUAUAUUAUGAGAACAAGUGCUUAGAAAAGUGUGGCGUGAUGCAACAAAUACUUCUGGAAUGAAAGUUCGAUAAACAUGUUUGGGAGAAAAAUACGAACAUUCCCACACGAUUCCAAGAAUUUGCAAGGAAGAUUGAUAUCUCUUUUCUUCGUGAUUUCCGACAAGGUCUCCGGCUGGUUGUGAUACUCGCCUUAGGUUUAAGUAAUUGCUAUUAUAUUUGUGAUAGACAUUUUCUAAUUAAUAAUAAAAAAAAAAAAAAUCUAC